GGUUCGUCCAGUGCCCCCCCCCCCCCCGGGCUGCCAGUCGAAGAGCUCGGAGGCUCUGAGUGAGAAAGAAUCAAUGCUAAUCUACGUGCUUGUGGGGUCUGAGCGUGAGAGUUCGUGAUCGCAUUGUGGUAGAUGCUGUGCGCCGGACUGUGGGUCGAAGUGAGUGACUGGGCUUAUGUCAAAAUUGUAGCCCGCUGUUCCGCUCGAUGUGCAGGAGUUUCAUGCUCGAAUAGCAAGGAGAAAAAAAUACUAGAGUCUCUGCUGUUGAGCCGGGGGGGUUGGAUUGCUUGGACCGGUUGCUGGCUCGCAGAGAGCAUAAGCACAAUACACCGUGUAGGAGGAAACUGGCUGUAGGGCAUUGUAGGAGCGAGAGAGGGAGGGAGGGAGAGAGGGAAGCUGAGAAUCCUGAAAAACAUGAAGGGCAGCCGCUGGUUUAUUGCUCUAAUAUCGGCAUCGGUUCUCUUUUCGGCGUUUCCUUCCGCAGAAUGUGCGUUUGAUCCACUUGACCCAAAUGGCAACAUCACCAUCAAGUGGGACAUCACUGCAUGGACCGGCGAUGGUUACGUGGCCACCGUGACAAUGUUCAAUUGGCAAAUGUAUCGGCACAUUGAAGCUCCCGGGUGGCAGCUCAGCUGGGCGUGGGCGAAAAAUGAAAUCAUAUGGUCGAUGUUGGGUGCCCAGACGACCAUGCAAGGAGAUUGCUCGAUGUUCCACUCCAAUCCUCUCCCUCAUUGUUGUGACAGGAGACCUGUGGUCAUCGAUCUUCUCCCCCUACCUCCGGAGAGCAUGAGAAUCGCCAACUGCUGCAAGGGAGGUGUCUUGCCGUCGUUUGGACAGGAUCCCGAGAACGCACUCGCUGUUUUCCAAGUCGCUGUAGGAGGAGCGGGUAACACGAAUACAACCGUCGUGCUGCCGGAGAAUUUUACGCUCUCUUCUUCUUCUUCAGGCCCUGGUUACACUUGCAGUCCGGCUAUGCAAGUGCCGAAGAGUCAGUUUCUGGCGCCGGACGGUAGAAGAUCCACGGAAGCAUUCAUGACAUGGAACGUGACAUGCGGCUACUCGCAGUCUUUGUCAAUGACACCACGAACGUGUUGUGUUUCCUUCUCGGCAUUUUACAGCGAGAAGAUUGUGUCGUGCCCGGAGUGUUCGUGCGCCUGUAAGCCCACGAACCCUACAGAGCCGGUUUCAUCUGACGACCCCGAUGCGACUGCCCAGAAGGUCUGCAUUGACCCGCGCACACGCUACGACAAGCUUCCUAGUGUAAUCUCAGGUGGCAACAGUCCGCCUCCUCCUCCCAGUGCGCCGCAUCUCAUGUACUGCACCCAGGACAUGUGCCCUGUGAAGAUCCACUGGCACGUGAAGACGAACUACAAAGAGUACUGGCGGGUGAAGGUCACCAUCACCAACCGAGAUUUCGGGGCUAAUUUCUCGAAUUGGACUCUGGCUCUUAAGCAUCCCAACUUUAAUAACCUGACAGAAGCGUUUAGCUACAAAUACAAGGCGUUGAACCCUUAUGGUGCAUACUCCAAUGACUCGGCAAUGUUCUGGGGAGUGACUUACUUCAAUGAUAUGCUUAUGGAAGCUGGUCCCAACGGAAAUGUACAAUCGGACUUGUUGUUUCGAAAGGGUGAGGAUUUCACUCUGAGAAAUGGCUGGACCUUUCCGGACCGGGUAUAUUUCAACGGCGAUCAGUGUGUGCUCCCACUGCCGCAGGACUUUCCCACCUUGCCUAAUGGCAGUCCCUCUUUGUCAGCAAGACUCUCUCUACUCUUGGUUCUCGUAGUUUCCGCAAUAUCUCCAUUUGCAUUGCUCUAGGGCGUUGUAUUCCCAAUUCGCAAUGCGCAAUUUAACCCAUGUAGAGAAUCCCGCAAUUCAUUUUGAAGUGAUGAUGAUAAGUCUGUGUGCCGUGAGAUCAAGGGGUUUGACGUGAGCUUCUGCAACAAUAGGCUUGACUCGUUCGGUAUUCUUUCAUCCAUUCUCCAAUUCAAUGUACAUCAUUGGAAGUCUAGGAAUCUUUCGCGUCUUGCAUUGUGCACCAAGUGGGCAGUAGAUAGACAAUAUUUGAUAAGUUAGUGCAAAAUGGGAGGCCUUGGGACAGCUCCCGCCCUGCAAUGGUGGACUGAAAUCCAUGACAACAUCCCGGCAGUGUGAAUUUAUUCAUUUCUGCUUUGUCAACGAUACACUCCAUCGAAAUUUCCCGUGACAUAUAAGUAACUGAUUGUCGGUCGGAGUGCCAAAAUGUACAUAACCUGGGGAGGAUGUUCAAAGGAAAGUAUGAUGUUUGUGUUUCCAAAUCAGUAUUCAGUUUUUGUAAUUACACUCCGCACGCUGUAUCGCAUGCACGAUGGCGAUACUGUCAACAAAGACAUGCGAGACCCCAGCUGCAGAUGUAAAGCCGAAUAAAGCACAGCAUAGUGUACAUUUCUACAA